AAGAAGCAAGACGUGGAAGUGGAUGAAUAACAGCAUACUUACUAAGUUAAUUAAUACAAGAAGUGGAUGAAAUAAAGGAGCAGUCACUGUGCCAAAGCUCAGGGGUUUCCUUGGAGUAGCAUUAAAGACUAGUGCAAUUUAUCUUCAUCUUCUUCUUCUUCUUCUCCACUGCUACAUUCUCCCACCAUCCAUAAACUAAUCUCCUAUUUCUCAACCAUUUCAUUUCAGAUAGCCUUUCUUCAAGAAUGGGGCAUCAUCUUCUUCUCCACGUGAUUUUCAUCAUCAUUGUUAUCUUCCUCAUCUCUUUCCACACUCUCCUCUCAAUCGAUUACACCAAUCAUGGCCACAACAAAACUUUUCUUAAUCAACACUCUAAAAGGGUCUCUCUCUUCCAGAAAUUCAGACGCUUUCUUCCACUCAAUCCCAUAAAUGGAGACCCCGCACAUUUCCCUGCAUCGCCAGCGCCAGCGCCAGCUCCAGGGCCCGGCAUUACCCACCGCGGCUCUCCGGCUCCUUCUCCCGUCGCCCACCGGCGCACGCACCCGCACCCUCGGGCUCACAAGGCGCAGAAGGAGGAGCAAGGGAGAGGCAAGAGAGUUAUGACUGCGGUGCUUGCAUCAGUCGGGGUUACCUCGGCAUUGUGCGCGGUGGCGAUGUUUUUUGGCUGCCGGAAAUUCAAGAAACGGCGGGGGAAACAGAGGAAGAGAGGUUUGCCCAAGUUUAUGAGCUCAAUGAAAAAGGUAACCUCAGAUCCCGGCCCUGAUCUUUUCUACCUCAAAUCGUUGGAAUCUGCUUUCCAGCCAGAUAAAUACUGUCUCAAACUCAACUCCUCCACCGCAAAAAUGUUCUCCGGCGAGAAUACAUUUGAUGGUAGAGAAGUUAAAGUCACAGAGUCGGAGAUAGGGAGUGAGAGGUUUGCAUCGUGUAGAGAGAUUAUUACUGUGCAUGAGAUUUCAGAGUGUGUGAAGCAUGAGCGUGACGGCUGCUCCAGAAUAAUUCACAAAUUUGAUCAUAAAAUUGUUCAAGUAGAAGCAAAUUCAGAUGAUGAUGAUAAUGCAUCUUUCCAUUCAUUUUGUGAUUCGCAAACCAGGCUUUCCAAUGUUUCAGCUACUAGCAUAGGCGAAACCUCGGGAAAUAUGUCGCGCGAAACGCAUUCUUCUACUCGUACAACUGCCUCAAACAUUCCACCACCACCUCCGCUGCCUCCCCCUGCAUUUCUUCAUAGAUCCAAAUCUCUCAGCUCAUCCUCUUCUCCUCCACUUUCCAACGGCAAUGGUAAAGCACCGCCGCUGCCUUCUUCACAACAAGUGGCUUUGGGCAAAGAUGGGUGUCCAUUGCCAAAGCUGAAACCACUACACUGGGACAAAGUAAGAGCCACCCCAAAUAGCUCCACCGUGUGGGAUAAGCUGCGCUCUUGUUCAUUCGAGUUUGAUGAGGAAAUGAUGGAAUCACUUUUCGGUUACAACCUCCAUAUUUCUAUGAAGAGCGAGGAAGCCAAGGCCAAAACUCCAUCUCCAAGCAAGCACGUGCUCGAGCCUAAGAGACUGCACAACAUCACCAUACUUUCCAAGGCCUUGAACGUCACCGCAGAGCAAGUUUGCGCUGCACUAAUCCGAGGGGAAGGUUUGUCCCUUCAAUAUUUGGAAGCAUUGUCAAAGAUGGUGCCAACCAAGGAAGAAGAGGCAAAGCUCGCCAACUACAAAGGCGACAUAGUUGAAUUGGGGCAUGCGGAGAAGCUGGUAAAGGCAAUGAUCCAGAUACCAUCCGCGUUUGCAAGGAUCGAAGCAAUGCUCUACAGGGAAACCUUCGAAGACGAACUUCUCCAUCUCAAGAAAUCAUUCUCAAUACUCGAGGAGGCAUGCAGGGAGCUGAGGUCGAGCGGGCUCUUCCUGAAGCUCCUGGAAGCAGUGCUGAAGACGGGGAACAGGAUGAACAUGGGCACCACAAGAGGAGGGGCGAAGGCCUUCAAGCUGGACGCCCUCCUCAAGCUCUCCGACGUGAAGGGGACGGAUGGCAAGACAACGCUGCUCCAUUUCGUGGUCCAGGAGAUCAUCCGGUGCGAGGGGAUACGUGCCUCAGAGCCAGACAGCAUCAUGGGAAAAAUCCAUGAAAAGGGGAAGAACGAGGAGAAGGAGGAAAGGUACAGGAGGAUGGGGCUGGAUAUGGUCUCGGGCUUGAGCACCGAGCUCUGCAACGCCAAGAAGACGGCCACCAUUGAUCUGGACGUGGUUGCAAGCUCGGUGGCGAAUCUGAGGGAGGGCAUGCGGCGGCUGCAGGGGCUCGUGGGGGAGGAGAUGGAGGAGGGGUUUGUGGGAUGGAUGAGGGCGUUCAUCGGAGACGGGGAGAGGAAGCUGAGGGAGGUGCAGGGGGAUGAGGAGAGGGUGCUGGUGCGUGUGAGGGAGAUUACAGAGUAUUUUCAUGGGGAUGUGAGCAAGGAUGAGUCGAAUCCGUUGAGGAUAUUUGUGAUAGUGAGGGACUUCCUGAGCAUGUUGGACAAUGUUUGCAAGGAGCUGAGGGCCUCGCUGCGCUCUCCGAAUCCGCUUCUUCCCUUUGGAUAGAGCUGGAUUUUGCAUGCUUCGUUUAUAGUGUAUUGGUGUUGGAUGCAAUAUUUGAGUAACAUAUUUCUCAACUCUAAUCACUAGUACUUGUGAAUUUUUCUCGACAUGUCAACAAAAGAUAACCAUAAUUUAUGUUUUAUGUGGCUUUUAAGUACGUGUUGUAUAAUAUACUUAUGAGCAUAGACGCAAAUAAAUCAAGUACUGGGAUAAUUCAUAA